AUGGAAGAAGCUUUCGGGAAGUCGUUUGCGAAAGCGCAGCAGCUUUACGGUGUUUCCUUGAGCUCGUUCAUAGCUUCGGUCUCCCUCUCUGCGGUGAUGUUCGCUAUAGAAGUCCUUGUGUUUCUCGCUAUCCGCAAACGUUUCCCCGAUCUCUACUCUACUGUUCCAGAUCACCUAGACAGCACUUCCACCACCUGGAGAGGAUACAUUGCGACCAACCUUCUUCGGUUCGAGCGCUGCCACGAACAUCUCGAUAGAUACUUCUUUCGCCGUUACCUGCGGUCGCUGCUUCUGAUCUUCGCUCCCGCUUCUCUCCUCAUAACGCCGAUCCUAGUCCCCUUGAACUACACGCAUGGGAAGAUGGCGGUGCGUGGCGUGAGUGGGCUCGAUGCCCUCGGGUGGUCUAACGUCGGCCUCGACCAAGCAGACCGGUACUGGGUUCAUCUCGUGCUGGCUUUGCUCUUUACCGCCUACGUUUGCUGGGUCAUCUGGAGCGAGCUUGGCUUCUAUGUCGCAGCUCGGCGGCAAGCACCUAGCGCGACGUUGCGCACAGUGCUCUUUGACUCUAUACCCGACGACUGGAUGUCUGAGAAGAUACUCACGUCCCAACUCCAGAUCUUCCCUGGCCAGAUCACUGCUGUUUCCUUCAACCGUGACUACAGCACAGUUUCCCGGCUGGCAGCGCGGCGGGAACGUCUGGCGGCAGCCCUCGAGGCGGCUGAGACUGCCAACUUAAGGAAGGCUUUCAGAGCUGGCGUACAGAAGCGGGCUAGAAGGUCAAGUACCACUAAAACGCGUCGGAGCUUGGACUGCCAAUCGCGGCGCCUCUUGAAUCUUCUUGCCUGGUUGGCAUUCGAAAAGGUCGACACUGCCCUGUUGUGUCGGGAGGAGCUUCGUGCGACUGGCGAGACGAUGGACUUCUAUCGCAAAACACGAAGCGAGUUUCCGCCGCUGCGGUCCGCCUUCGUCACCUUCGCCAAUCCCCUCGCCGCCCACAUCGCGUGCCAGACAGUGAUCCACACCAGCGCGGGCUACAUGACGCCUCGCACGAUGCCGUUGUCCGUAGAUGACGUGGUGUGGAGCAACACAGAUAUCACGUGGCGGGAUAGGACCCUACGCACCGUGUUUUCCAACGCGCUCAUUCUCAUCACGGCGAUUGCGUGCGUCGUACCGGUAGCGCUGGCAGGGCUCCUCUCCCAGAUCAUCUACAUCACCCAGGCCGUGUCUUGGCUGAGCUGGAUCAGCGAGCUUCCCGAGUCCCUCCUGGGUCUACUACAAGGUGUGCUCCCCCCUGUGCUGGUAGCUGUUCUGAUGAAAGGGUUCGUUUGCGUGGCAGAAUACCUCGUCCGAAAGCAGGGCAUCUGCUCCAAGAGCCAGAUCGAUCUCAAGAUCCAAGACUACUACUUCUGCUUCCUCUUUGUCCAGGUCACCCUCGUGGUGUCUCUGGCUGCAGGGCUUACUGCCAUUGCGAACGAGAUCGCACAGGGAGCUUCGCUCGCUGCGACGCUGGCGAAGAACCUGCCGAAAGCAAGCAACUACUUUCUCUCCUACCUUCUCUUGCAAGCUCUGUCGGUAAGCGCUGGCUCUCUGCUGCGGACAGACCGUCUGCUCGGGAAGUUCGUGCUUGGUCCCAUGUUCGACAAGUCAGUCACGCAGAUGGUGAUGCGUAGGAGAGGUCCGGAUCUCCAGUGGGGCACCUUUGUACCUGUCUUCACAAACCUCUCUUGCAUUAGACUCCUCUACGCGAUCAUCUCCCCGAUCAUCCUCCCCUUUCAGGUCCUCGCCAUCGGCUUGUUCUGGGUCAUCUAUUCCCAUUCGAGAGUACUCCUUACUGAGCACGAUCAUGGCGGCCUCUUCUAUCCCAAAGCACUCAAGCAUCUCUUGGCAGGCCUCUACCUGAUGCAAGUCUGUCUGGCAGCGCUGUUUUUUCUGGUACGAGACUCGCAGGGCAGUGCCAGAUGUAUCGGACAGGCGUGUGUUAUGGUGCUUGCUACCGGACUGACUGCCAUCUACCAUCGCUUGCUUUGCAGAGCGUUCAAUCCGUUGCUGAGCUUCUCUCCCACCGCGCUCAAGGACGCGCUGGCCCGAGACACGUUGGCCAAGGACACGCCGGCCAAGGAUGUAACGCCGUCCCCUGUGUUUCUGCACGAGGCGCUUACGUCCACCCCGGUGGUUCGCAUUCCCAGCGACGAUCACGGACUCGGUUCUGCUCGAGCGCUGCAGCUCAGGGAGGAACUGAAAGGUGUUACUGUAUCCGACACGGAUGCAGUUGUCACCGGAUCAGCAAUCCGCUCAAGCGACCUCGGCAUGAUUCCGUAUCAGAACGGCGACGUCGAAGUUCGGAUCCAGCACGCUCGCUUUCUCGUCUCCGCCUCGGUCAUGUCUCAGCUGUCACCAGAAUUCCACAGGCUCUUCACCACCAGACACGGCUUGCUGCGUGAGAGCAUCGAGCUGCCAGACGAAGAUCCUGUGGCGUUUCACCUGGUCUGCCAGUCGGCCCAUGGCUCCUUCAUACCGCAAGCUCACAUAUCGCUGGAAACGCUCGUCAACAUGGCCGAGGCCAUCCGACGAUACAAGAUCCCCGCCACAUCUCGCGUGCACAACACCGUGGCCUUCAGUUUCAUCGUACAAACACUACGGCUAGAGACGCUUUCCACGGUCAUGCUUGUCAUGCUUUUUCGUGUUGCACGGGUGCUAGGCUCCGCCAAAUACGAACAGCUGAUCCGAGACGUGUUUCUCCUUCAUCCGCUGCAGCUGGAGGCGUUGCCCACGAAGCAGACCGCGGGUGGUUGGAAUGCAGAAUGUGCUCUGCUCUUAGCAAAUCUGAUGCUGCGGGGGGCUGCGUGUCGCGCAGAAGUGGCAAGCACACUGCUGAGUCCGCCGGGUAGCGAUGAAACUCUCCAUCUGCAGGAGAAAAGCGACGUAGCCGUGUGGAUCCUGAAAGACAGCCCCAGCCUGCAAGAGAUAGAGGCUCGCCUUCGAAGUAUGAGGAGCGCUGUAGAUCUCCAGAGAGAGCAGCUGCUGGAUGCUAGUGGAGCGAUCAAGGAAGCGACGGCAGACAUCCACCGUUAUGUCCGCACUACCAUAGAAGAUACUCGGGAGAGGGUGGAUGACGGCGCAGACGACGUCGUGAAGCUAGACGUGUGCCACGGGGUAAAGCGUCUAGAGAUCCAGGUUGCAGAGGACGGGCAAAUGUCGGAGAACUCGGUAGAUGUUGAUGAUCUGGACUUGGAGCGUGUCUCUUCGAGCAGCACAGCGUUCGAGGAUAUCGAAGCCUACAGCGAACCGGUAGAGACCCUGUUGGGUGACUAUCUGGACAUCGAGGACGACGUUUCCGUGGCUUCUGCCAAGACGGUGUGA